CAAUGAGGGAGUGGGAUGUUGGGAAGUCAGCGUCUCCGGGAUACAGAGUGGCGCUGGCUGCUCUGCUGCCGGCCUCAGGAGUUGCUCCUGCUGCUGCCGCUGCCUCCUCUGCGGUCUUUGUCCCGCAUGGCUCCGGUCGCUCGGGCGUGGAGGACUCCUGAGGAUGGAGGGCAGGGACACAACGAUGCUCCCCGCAGAACCUUCGCGUCCGGCCGCAUCCUCCUUCCUCGCUCCUGCGGUGACGUCUCCGUGGCUGACGGAGAGUUGGACAGAACUGGAAGAGCUCCGUUCGGCCGCAGCAGACUGCUGGAGGUGCGCAGCGAAAGUGCCUCUGGAGGGCCGCGGUGCCGGGCGUCGGGCAGCGCAGCGCAGGCGGGCGGUGGGCACGUAGCGAGGAGCGCUCCGGGUCGCGCCUUGCACACGCGGUCCAGCUCAGCUCUGAGGAAGGCGGCGCAGCUAGAAAGUAAAAUCAUGAAUCGAAGAAAGCAGAUGGAGUCGCAGUGCACUGACUUGGGCCUGGAGUGUUUGGGUGAAGAGUCCUUCUCAUCCGCUUCCAGUCUGGAACACGGUGCAAGGGGCAAGAAAUACCUGAAGAGUCACACUGCUGCCAGCGGGAACAUGACACACAGUAACGCCUGCUCUAGAGAAGAGGAAAGUAACCAAAGCCUUAGAAAGUCUGCUGCGGUUAAACAGCAGCUUGGUUUGGAUGGUGAAGAGGAAAUGAGAGAAUCGAUGGAUUUCUCUUUUGGACGUGAGAAUUGGAGGGGUGUUGCAAGUGAUUCUAAACGGGGUGUGAAGGCUUCUAUUUCGUCAGGAAUGCCUCCUCCAUCUCAGAAGAUAACUUCACCAGCAGAGGUAGCUAAGGCAUCUUACAGCAGAGACUUGACAAAAAAUGGUCCAGGUGGAGUUAAUUCACAAACACCUUCACUGGCCAGCAGAAACCUGUCAGUACAACAUAACACAAGAUCUCAGUCACUGUCCUCUGUGAAAGACAUUACUGUAAAGGUUAAUCUGCCUGGAACAGGCAACGCCAAACAAUGCCAAAUAUCACUUGAAAGUGACAGAAGUGAAAUAAAAUCGUUGGAUGACUUAUUUUCAAAAGCAGCUGAUUCAGAGGAUUCAAUUAGCAGAAGUUCAGAUGACUUCAGACUGAAUAUUCUGAGUCUUGAUGAUUUGGCACCAAAUACCAGCAGUGAGGCAGCAGAAUUAAAGCAGAAGGAGACAGACAUUCAGAUUACUCAAGAAUCACACAGAAAUCCAAAUAAAGAUACAUCCCUGAUGGAAAAAGACCAGGCUGUCCUUGAAACUACAAGUGCACUGACUGCUGUGAAUGAUGCCUCUGAAGGGGGUAAUGAAAACAGUGUGACAGAAGUGGAAAUCUCUGAGCAUUUAAGUGGAGUUUCUGCAGAUUCCCCUAGACACAAACAGGAUUACCUCUCUCAUGAUGAAACAACUGUUAACUCAGAAUAUUCUGAAGACUUUGAAGGGUCUCUGUCUGCAGCAGACCGAGGAUGUGCACCCAAAGAGUCAGAGGAGUAUUCUGAGAGCUGUACCUCUUCUGGAAAACACCCAUCUUCAGCAUCAUCACCUUCAUUUACCAGAAAGGUGUAUGGCCAGGGGCACAGAGUCACUGUCAGAGAAACUGGGGUUCAAACAGUAGAUCCCUCAUUCACCUACUACUGGCCAAAGGCAAACACCUCUGCAGUACUUGAUCCAGCCGUAGGAAACAGCUAUGUUGAUCCAGUGCCCAUUGCCAGUCAUGUCAUCAGCAUGGAUGCAGUAGAAGCCCUGACAGCAUACAGCCCAUCAGUUCUUGUCUUAAAUGCCAUGUUGAAACAGCACUUGAUGUUGACUCAGCAGUUUGUAGAGAACAUUCAGCACCUUCACUUAUCCAUUGUGGAGUCGCUGGAGAAUGAGAAGUUCCACUACCACAGCCUGGAAGAGGCUAAAGAGUACAUCAAGACUCACAGAUCCCCACCUCUAACAGUGGAGCAAGCACGUGAAGAAAUUGGGAGAGCACAGGAGGAAAAGCUGCCUUGACUCUGCCUUUUAAGUCACACUUACAGAUCUCAAGCUGGAAGAAGAAACCCAUCCAAAUGGCUCAGGUAGUUGGUACAGAUCUUUCCAGUAAACAGCUUAACUGUAUUUUAAUAUAUGUAAAUUAUUUCCUGUAUCUGAGUUUUCUAACCAAGCAGGAACUUUCAAGGCAGACUAUGCCAGUGCUCAGUACUACAUAAACCAAGAAACCACUUCCUUCUAGAGGGAGUGUGGUGUGUGCAUGUUUAUUAUGUAGAUUGUGUGAUCUGUGAUCACAUCUGGGAUCGUGGUAGAAGUGAAAGUCUCUGUACUACAGCAGCCAAAGAAUGUGAUCAUAGUGAAAAAAAAAAGACCAGGGCCUGACCUUAAGGCUGUAUUUAAACAGCUUUGUGUAGAUUUAGCCUUGUUGGAUUACCAAGCCCAGGAAAGUUAAGAUGCAUUCAGUGCAAGGAAGGCACCUAACUACCCUCUGGGACUCCAUUUGCUUCCAAGUAUGAGCCACUAGUUUGUUUCUAGAAAAGUGUUUAUUGAAGGCAAAACAAUAAAAUUCACAAGUUGGUAACAUA